CUAGUAAGAGUGUUAAAACGAUAUGUUUAUUUAUGUGUCAGUGGCACAAGUUUUUAGCCAACUUGCAUGCAUUUCAUUUUCCUCCGUUACUCACAGUAUGGUUUGCAACAAGAGUGGCGCGUAAUUUUGCCACAUUACGGUGUUUUACGCAUUUCAAUUUUAACCAAGCAGCAUCUCAAAGCUUACAUUUUACACAGCGCUAAGGAAACCAUGGCACCAACCGUUAUACUUUUAUCUUUUUUAACAGUUUUAGUUGGAGAAGUAACUAGUUUGCCUUCUUUUAAAACAUCAACCACCACAGUGUCGUCCUAUAACGCAAAUUACACUCAGACAUCAUUUGCAACGAGAAGCGUGAAAACCGGUGUUCAACACAAGACAACCAAAAUUUACAAAAAAAUCUCACCAACAAAGGUAAGCAAACUCACCAAGGAUCUGAAACCCACGACAGUUAAACCUACUGAGAGGAGCACAAAAGCCCCAAAACCCACGACAAAGGCAUUAAAGCGGACAGAAGGAACCACGAGCAACAAAACUGGAAAAGCGACCACUUCACGUCCAUUCAAGUCAACUGAGGUGAUCACGAAAACGACAACCGUAAAACCAACUAAGACCACUUCAAAGACCAUCACAGUGAGUUUCCACACAGAGGACCUGAAUGAAAACAUUGACAAGAGUGUGGAAAGGAGAGUGUGGAACACUAAAGACAGUGACGAACCACCAGUAUUUGAAUGUCCCCCUUUGGGUCUGGAGUCUCUGAAAGUUAAAGACUCGCAGCUACAAGCCUCCUCAUACAAGCGCAGAGGCCUGGGGCCACACAGAGGCCGACUUAACAUACAGUCGGGUGUUGAAGAUGGUGAUAUCUAUGAUGGAGCCUGGUGUGCCCUGUACGAAGACAAGAACCAGUGGCUACAGGUAGAUGCCAUGAAGCUCACACGGUUCACAGCAGUUAUACUACAGGGCCGCGCCUCCAUAUGGAGCCUGGAUUAUGUAGAAACCUUCAAGGUGCAGGUCAGCAAUGACACCAUUAAAUGGAAGCCGUCCAUGAACGGGACAGAAGAGGCGGUGUUUGAGGGAAAUCAGGACAGCGAAACGCCAGUCUUGGCGGUUUUACCCGAGCCAAUGAUGGCACGCUACAUCCGCAUUAACCCUUGGACCUGGUUUAAGAAUGGAACCAUCUGUCUGAGAGCUGAGAUCAUGGGCUGUGAGCUUCCAGAUCCGAACAAUAUCUACCCGUGGCAAUCUGAGGGGGGCACCAAGGAUAAGUUGGAUUUCAGACACCACAAUUACAAAGAGAUGAGAAAGCUCAUGAAGUCUGUGAACGAGAUGUGUCCAGACAUCACCCGUAUUUACAGUAUCGGCAAAAGCUACAUGGGCCUUAAACUUUAUGUGAUGGAAAUCUCAGAUAAUCCAGGAAAACAUGAGCUGGGUGAACCAGAGUUUCGCUAUGUGGCCGGCAUGCAUGGCAACGAAGUGCUGGGUAGGGAACUACUGUUAAAUCUGAUGCAGUACAUAUGUCAGGAGUACAAACAAGGAAAUCACCGUAUAGUCAAGCUGGUGAAAGAGACGCGCAUCCAUCUGCUGCCCUCUAUGAAUCCUGAUGGUUAUGAAAGGGCUUACAAAAAGGGUUCAGAGCUGGCUGGGUGGGGAUUGGGUCGCAACAGCUAUGAGGGCAUAGACAUGAAUCACAACUUUGCAGAUCUGAACACGGUGAUGUGGGAUGCCAUUGAACUGGAACAAGACAAAUCUAAACUCAUCAACCAUUAUUUUCCCAUUCCAGAGCACUACACUUCAAAAGACGCUUGGGUGGCUCCAGAAACAAGAGCAGUCAUCAACUGGAUGCAAACGUUCCCAUUUGUACUCAGCGCUAACCUCCACGGAGGAGAGCUGGUGGUAACGUACCCAUUCGACAUGACCAAAGACUGGGCUCCGAAAGAGCACACUCCCACCGCAGAUGAGAGUUUCUUCCGUUGGCUGGCCACUGUUUACGCCAGCACAAACCACGUGAUGUCCAACCCUGACCGAAGGCCGUGUCACAACGAGGACUUCCUUCGUUACAAUAACAUUAUAAACGGAGCCAACUGGCACACGGUGCCGGGCAGUAUGAAUGACUUCAGCUAUCUACAUACCAACUGUUUUGAGGUGACAGUCGAGCUGUCCUGUGAUAAGUUCCCUCACGCCAGUGAGCUGCCUAUAGAAUGGGAGAAUAAUAAAGAAUCUCUGCUAAUCUACAUGGAGCAGAUACACAGAGGAAUUAAAGGAGUGAUAAGGGACAAAGACACUGAAGCUGGGAUCGCUGAUGCCAUUAUAAAAGUGGAUGACAUCGACCACCAUAUCAGAUCAGCUUUUGAUGGGGAUUACUGGCGACUGUUGAAUCCGGGUGACUAUGACGUAACAGUGACUGCAGAGGGAUAUUUACCAUCAUCUCAAAAAUGCAGGGUUGAAUAUGAGCACUACCCCACCAUUUGUGACUUUUACCUCACAAAGACACCAAAACAGCGUCUGAGAGAGAUCCUGGCCAAAGGCGGCAAGAUCCCCAAGGACCUGCAGCUGCGACUGCGCCAGCUGCGCAUACGGAAACUGCGUGCCAGCACUAAACUUAUUAAUCAACGUAGGGUGUCACAGCAACGGACGGCCAGGGCGACCCACCCUUAGAUUGAUUUUUAACAUCUAACCUGUUUUGCCGGUCAAGUACAGGAUUAAACCUUAUUAAAGUCGCAGGCAAUUGAAAUGAACUUUAAAAAUUAACUAUGAUUUUACUACAUCCUCCAUGCUAUAUGUAGCACAACUACAAAUUUACCAUUGUAUCAAUACAGUAACAGUAGUUUAACUGUGAUAUUUGUAAAUAAACUAUGAUAAUAAUAUUACUAAAGGUAAUCAAUCUGCCAGAAAAUGUGGUUACUACACUUUUACUACAGUAAAACCAUAGUUAAUUUUUCUAAAUGAGUGACAGAAAGUUGCCCUUACCUGUUGUACUGUAACAUACAUCUUGUAUUAUACAUUGAAAUUUGAUAAAUUGUGUACAUUUCACAUAGAAAUACAAUAAAAACGGAUUUCUACUUUA